GUGGGGAGGCGGAGGCGGCGGAGAGGCUGGUGGAGAGGCUGGAGCAGAUGCUGCAAGAGGAGGAGGAGCAGGAGGAGGCGGUCCGGAAGCAGGCGGAGGCGAGGCAGCAGCAGCAGCAGGAGCAGCAGGGGGGGCAGCAGCAGCAGCAGCAGGUGGCGGGGUUGCCGUCGGAUUGGAACGAGGGGGGUCUGGGCGGCUCCUGGCACGUGAGCGGCGCGGAGGUUGCUGAGCGGGCGGAGGUGCUUCAGGAGCUGAUUGAGGAGGUGGAGAGGCGGCAGCGGGAGGGGGAGGCGGCGCCGGAGAUGCAGCAGAAGCUCUACUCGCUGCUGGAGGCGGGUGACACCGCGGGGUUGGAGGCGCUGGUGGGGCGCGAGGCGGUGCACUGGAUCUCAGAGCAGCUGCAGGAAGCAGUGCAGGAGCAGCAGGAGGAGGAGCAGCAGCAGGGGGCCGCAGGCGAGCAACAGAAACAACAAGAGGAGGAAGAGGACGCCGAGUUCGACCCCGAGCUAGACGCUCCGGAACUCGCGCUGGGCUGGCGCCUCAAGCCGAGCUUCAUGCGCCGCUUCGCCGCCGUGCUGGAGGAGCGUACGGAAGGGCUGGCGGCGUUGGCGGCCCGGGG